CCAAUCAUGGCAACUCGUCCUUGUCGUCGAAAAACAAGUUCGCGAUUUUGAAAUAUCCGAAUUAACGUCAAAAUUUCAGUAAUUUCUUAUGUACACAAUAUUAGAAGACAAUCUGGUGGCCACGACAGAUCCGAAACAUCACAGGACGGCUAAACAAUGGUCGAUGCAAUGGGGGAGGUCGGCAAGACUGAUUUCGAAUUUUACGCAAAAUUUGCCAAACCCCUGAUCCUGACUCUGAAUUGCACCGAGGAUCGGAUCUUAGCAGCGUCCUGGUUCUCUAAACUAAGAGACGCAGCCAGUGGUCCAGACAAACUUAGGCUCGACUAUCUGAAGCUGCUUCUGUUCGUCCUCCAACGACACAGAUUGGCCGGACCCUUCACAGAGAACCCCAACGCCAAAGAGGAGCUAGAGGAGUUUGGGGAAGAUUACGAUUUGGCAGCAGUCGCCAGACAGAUCAUCGAUAAGGAACAGAAGGCGAUGAAAGACCAUUACCUGAAGAGGAUAAGGGGGGAGAUUGGAGACUGGCCUCCCUUCAGCACCGACUACUCUCCCGAUCUGAGGGAGUACGUGGCAGCGCAAGACAUACCCAAUUUCGGAGUGCACGUUUACUACGCCAUUUCGAAAGAUCCUAUUCUGGAUUGGGACAAUCCGCAGCAUGCAGUAUUCCCAAGAGAUGUUAAGAGGAUGGAACCACAAGGUCACAUUAGCGAGACCUCCUUCGCCAUUAUGGAGCCAAGACCCGAAACUCCAGACGAAGCUGAGAAGUGUAAGAUCUUGGAAGAAACUGGAGUCAUGCCAGAUGAGAGCAUAUUCAUGGGUAGGAAAUCAAGGGCAAGAAAAUCCCCCUUCGAAAACAUCGACCGUCCAGCUCCACCCCUAGGCGUCCUACCAGGAGAAGGGGAAGGAGGAUUGUUGGAGGAAGAACUGCCCCCUCCGACCUGGGGCUCGAACCUGAUCGAAGUCAGGGAACCCAUAGACCUGGAGGGUCCGGAGACCCCACCACCAGAGGAAGCAGUAUCGCCAGGCGUCUCAGCAGCCGACGUUACACAAGCACCCAGCGACAGGUCGAUUUCACCCAGGAGGGAACUGGACGCGGAGGAUCCCGAAGUAAUCCAGCUGCUAGAGACGUCGUUCAAUAUGGAAGACAUCCUCGCCGAGGUCGACGCAAUGGAGACGGAGGAACCACCUGGGAAGGAGGAGGAAGUCGAUCCUCUGAUACUCGAGGAGCAGCAGAGGUUCAGGGAGAUGGAGGCCGACCUGGAUAGGCACGACGCCAUGAUCGCAGAAGCGCUGGCCACCUUGGAUGACGACGAGAGGAGGAUGCUGAUGGAGAUGGAGGCUGAGGAGGCUGUUGGAAUGGAGCCUAGCCCCAAACCGUCUCCCAAGAUGGAGGUCAAACUGGUCGCAGACGAAGAUACGGUGAUCAAAGUGAUGGUGGAAAAGCCUGAAGCGGUCGUCGAAACCCAGGAGGAGAAACAGCGCAAAGAUGCAGCGGCAGACAAGAAGAAGAAACCGGCAGGUAGAACCGGGCUGAACAAAGGAAAAGCCAAAGGGGCAUUACUGAAACCCGGCGAGAAGAAACAACUGGAAGAGCAGGAGAAGAAAGCGAAGGUGGUAGAGACGAAAACCGGAAUACCAACAGGUCCUUCUAAGAGACCCGGGGUUCCAAAACCCAAAACUUCUAAAGUGAAAGUGACAGCGGCGGCAAGCGAAGGGGAAAUACCUUCGGAAAAACCGAGUAAAACAGAUAGGGGUAAAGCCAUUCCUGGGAAAGGGAUACCAAGGAAAGGAGGCAUCCCUAGGAAAGUUGCAGGCAAGAAACCUGAAGGUACGAUAGAGAUGCAGGAGAUGAAGGAGAGACUGGAAAAGAAACUGCAAGAGACCAAAGAGGCGUUCCCGGAUAAGUUCGCCGCCGAGCAAAUGGCAGGAACGUCUGGAAUCCCGCAAGCCGCCCUUGAAGAACAGGAGGGAGCCAAAGCCAGAGGACCGGUGGACGAAGUUACUAACUUUGUCACAUCCGGUUCUCCUGAAUCAGAUGACAUAUACGACGAGAUGGAAAGAGAAUACCAAAUCUUGGAGAGGUUGUACGAGCUCUACCAACAACUGGCUCCAGACCGGCCAGAUGCGUUGCGGACGCCUCCGGUGUUCAGCAAGCAUCCGGAGAUAAGAAAGCUUGGGGAACAGCUGAGGUACAGGGCCGACGAGUUCGACAUCCGACCGAUGGAGAAGUUCCAACCGGCCGAGCAGUACUUCGCUCGCGAGGGGGCAGCCGCACCUUCUCCUUUUGUUGACCCUAGAAUGGCCGCAAGGGGUGCGCAGCCGGGGAUGACGGUUUCGGAGGGUUCCAUACCCGAGUCAGUGCCGUCGGCCCCAGGUAUCACAGCAGAAACCCCUCCCUGGGCGACUCUAGACGCGCUGAAGAGGAUAGCAGAGCACGCGGAUAGGAGUCUGGAGACGUCGCCGGCCAUCUCGGCCAAGGUGGGAAUGACGACGCCGAAAUCCCCGUCGACGCCGCGACGGCCGGUGAGGCGAGACCUCCGCUUCGAUUUCGACGCCGAGACGCCGCCAGCUUACGAGUCGCCGCCUCCAAGCCCGCCGAAGAUGGACACGCCGGAGUUUCUUAGGGAUCCAGGUUACUUCCUGCCGGAGGUGAUAACGCAAGAGAAGCUGGAGCAGAUGUACGCACACAAGCAGGCCGAGUACGACGCCUACAUCCAGUCGGAGAUGGAAGCGGAGAGGGCCCAAUGGCCGAUCUUACAACCCAAGCCGCCCGCCCCCCAGGCGGUUUCUCCAAGGACGCCACCAGGACCUCCACCGCCCCGCGCCCUGACACCUCCUUCCGUGGGAGGUCCUGGCAUGAUGCCGAGAACUCCGGGUACUCCUCAAGGUCUGCCACCUAGCCAGCGCUUCCAGUACAGCACCCCUCCGAGUCUCAGACCACAAGCGAUAGAGGUGCCUGGCGAGGUGCAGUUCGAGGAAUUCGACCCUCUGGCGCACGAGGAUAUCAUCUAUCAGACGAUGCCCGACCUGGUGCCGACAGACCCGGAAGACUACAUGGACACCCCCAAGUUCGAGGGGUUGCACGAAUGGUACGAUCCGCUGAAGGAGAUGCUGGCCAGGGAGGAGGACGCGGACAUCAUGUUCGACGUAUCGCAGGAGAUGGCGGAUAUAGACCUGGUGCCCGCCGAGGAGGACUAUGCCGCUUACUCGCCUGCGAUAACGCUUCAGCAGAGGCUGAUGGAGCACGAGAUACCCGAAGAUUUCUACGACCCGAGCAGACCAAAGUCCAGAGCGAAGCAGGUGACCAUCGGAUCUACGAAGGUUCAAUUGGCAAGAAAAACCCAACCCACCCAACUGGCCAGGGAGGUUAUCGAGGAAGACAUGUCGGGCGAACAGUUCGAGGAAUACGAGGACAUGAUAAACGCCGAGGAAGAGGAGUUCCUCAACAUCUCUCUGGGUGAUCCAGACAGGAUGGAGUAUCUGAAGAAGAUGGCAGACGAGGCGAAGGAUAUGCCAGAACUGUUCGAAGAAGAACCUCCGGAUCUGUUCGAUGAACAGGACAUGAGCUACCCUCCUUCUCCGAGACCCCCGUCGCCGCCCCCGGUUACUCCGCCCAUGGCACCGGGACGAUUCCAUCUGUUGUACGGCACUCCGGAAAAAACUCCAGAAAAUCUUUUCAUGGAAGAAGAGGAACCUGACUUUUUGGCCAGUCCUGGAAUGCCCUCACCGACGAGGCCCCCGAAGCCACCGACGCCGGAACCGUCGCCGCCGUGGGCGCCUCCGCCGGAGGCCUAUUGGGUCCCUGACAUCUUCGGACAGGAAGACGAGUCGUUCCUGGCCAGUCCAGGCAUGCCGGAGAGGAAGACCAUGCAGCAGAUCUUGAGGGAGGAGAUACCCAGUCCGGUCAGGCUGGGCCCCUCGGCUUGGGAACUGCCGACGCCGCCACCGUCGCCCGUCCAGGUACAGCCGCCGCCGGUGGUAGGCCGUGGAAUGCCGUCUCCGAGGAUGGCGAUUACACCAAGACCAACCUCUCCGAUGGGCUCGCCAGAAAUGGAUGCUAUGGCGCUGAGAAGAGAACUGAUGGGACAUCGAAUAGACUUCGCCAAGAAAGAUCAAGGCUUCCAGGCCGGCCAACAAAUGGUACAAAGGCGAAUGCCGAUGGCUAGACGCUACUUCCCCAUAGGAGAGCAUGCCGGUUAUGAGGAAUCGCAGAAACUCUACUCCGAGGCUGAAGACUAUAGGGAGAUGAUGUCCGGUCUGCCUCCGGCACCUCCCCCAGGUCCCUACCCGGAGGAACUGAUGGGAUACGAGUACGAGGGCCGGUUCCCCUACCAGGAGACCAUCCUGGACCAGCCCUUGCCGCCGAUAGAAGACCUGCCUUCCCCGAUAGCUCCCCAAAGACAACUUUUCGGCUGGCAGACACCACCGCACCAGAAGAUCGGCCCACUGCCGACGCAUCGUUUCAGAUCGCCCACUCCUCCACGUCAACCGGACGUCUUCCAGCAGAUGGCGCCCCACGUCAGGGCUCAAAGGCCGAGGGAGGAUAUUGGCUUCAUGGAUCUCAGAGAGGAGGACGUCUUCCCUCCAGAGCUGUUGGGCGACAGUUACGGCAGUCCCAUGGUACCGGCUUCGUUGAUGGCGCCCGGACCGGUGACGUCGCCGCCGUCCUUGGCUAUACCGACGAUGACGAUGGAUCAGCAGAUGAGCCAGGCGGAGCAGAGGGCCCAGUGGCAGGCUCAGCAGAUAAUAUCUCCGGAACGGACCCCUUCGAGACCGACUUCUCCGGCGAGGACUCCGACGGGCAGGCCGAAACCGGCCACCUGUAUGCCCAGACCUGCGCCUUGUAUGCCAAAACCGCCACCUCCGCCGGAACCGAAGAAGCCGCCUUGUUCCAGACCGCCGGAAACCACGCCGAAGGUCCUCAAGAGGGUGAAAGAGGCUAGCUUUUCCUCCGAGGUGUACGAUCCGGACAGUCCUGAGAAUUCCAGGAGAUGGACUAAAGGAAGGACUAUGUUGGAGUUCAAUCGCCCUGAAGAAGGCGACCAACGAAGACCUGUGGUCACUCCACCAUCCCAAGGAGUUGCUGUAUAUCCAAAAGGACCUCCGAUAUCCGCGCCGGUAUCACCAAUGCCAAUGCCUAUGCCUAUGCCGAUGCCGAUGCCCAUGCCGAUGCCUAUGCCUAUGCCACAAAGACGUCCCAGAGUUGGGAGGAUUGCUAGACCUGUGGCUCCCGGAGCAACACCUAGGGCACCUGGUGGGAUGUUGCCCAGAAGGAAUAUCCUGGCCGGAGAACCUGGUGGUAUGCCACCGCGUAGAAGACUCUUUGGACCGCCCCAACCGCCGGCUCCAGUGCAGCCCCAGAGGGUGUGUCCGGCGGCCCCCAAGGGAGAGAAGAUCGAGAUUGUCGAGGAGUUCGAAGAAACCGAAGUGGAUUACAUACCGGAGCAUCUGCGUGGCUACAGAUGGAUGGACGAACCAGAGGCAGACCCAUAUUAUGUCGAAUUCAGAAGACAAUUUAGUUGAAAAGUAUCUGUCAAUAAUGCUCAAAGAGGAUAAUUUUGAGAAUAAACCGUCUUUGUCGA